UAGACACGCCCACAAACGUUGUAACGGCGGAAGUGUGUGAAUAUGAAAGAGGAACCUACAUUUGACCAUAACAGUUGUCUUUGAGUUUAAAAUCAUGGCCGAGCUGGACAAAACAGAGUUUCAAACUAAGAAAAACAAAACCCUCAUCAUACGACAUCUACCCAGAGAACUCAAACGAGAUGAGAAGGAAGAUCUUCUAAAAUAUUUUGGGGCCUCCUCCGUCAGAGUCCUGUCAGAGAAGGGACCCCUAAAACAUAUGGCAUUUGCAACUUUUAGCAGUGAGACCUUAGCCUCUAAGGCACUAAGCAGACUUCAUCAGCUAAGAAUACUUGGUCACACACUAGUGGUUGAGUUUGCAAGGGAUCAAGAUGCUGUCACAGUAUUGAAAGACCCACCCGUGGCUGACAGUGCAGCUGAUGCCCAAGUUGAAAAGGAAAAGAAGGAAAAACAGCAACAUAAAAUUCCUCUGGUGGACAACAGCAUUGCUCCGAAUCUGGGGUUGAAAUUUCAAACAAAUCCGUCACUGAAAUAUUUAUACCCUCCUCCUUCAAGUGGAGUUUUGACAAACAUUGCACACACAAUUUUGAGUGUGCCCAAGUUCUACGUUCAAGUUCUUCACUUGAUGAAUAAGAUGAACCUGCCCUGCCCAUUCGGACCUGUGACUGCUCCUCCCCCAAUGUUUGAGAUGCCCCGAGGCCCGCUGCAGCCCAUGCCCCCACCGUACCCACCAGAGAACCCACCACUCCCGUUGCGGGAAGAGGGUGCGACAGGCAGCGAAGAAGAAUCUGAAUAUGAGAGUGGAGAUGAUGAGGACAAAGAAAGGAUGAUCAAACUGAUGGGCCUUGUUAAUCAGCCAUGCAAAAGACAGCUGAGAGCUAAGACGACUUCUAAGAGAAAGAAACCCAAGCUGAAGGAUCUCCUGUUUACUCCCAAACCAGACUCCCACGGUGCAUCAGGCCCAGUUCUGCAGCCAGCGGACGUGUUCGAGCAACCUCAGCCAUUAGGACAGAAAAAGAUUGAGUUCCAUCUAUCGGCUGAGGUGUCUGCUAUCCUUGUGGGGCCUGGAGAGAAUCUGGAGUCCCAAUCCACAGAUGUGAAUGAAGGCACGGAUAAGACGGAGGCUCCCACUUGGGAUGCUCCAGAAGGGUUUGGAAAGAUCUACCCAAGUGCUCAGCUUCCCAGACAGGAAGAAGACAAGGAGGAAGAUGAGGACAUUCCCUCGGAGUUCAUCUCUAGAAGAGAGUUAGAGAGAGGCAGACUCUCCAGAGACGAGAUAAAGAAAAUGUCAGUGUUUAAAAAUUAUGAACCCGGAGAACCAACCUCCAGACUUUACGUGAAGAAUAUUCCAAAGCAAGUUGAAGAAAAAGAUCUGAAGUUCAUCUACGGGCGGUAUGUCGACAUCUCCUCAGAGGAGGAGAGAAACAUGUUUGAUAUUGUUUUGAUGAAAGAGGGGAGGAUGAAAGGUCAGGCCUUCAUCGGGCUCCCGAGUGAGAGAAGUGCUGAGAAAGCCUUGAAGGAAACCAAUGGAUUCAUACUCCACGACAAACCUCUUGUGGUGCAAUUUGCCCGUUCUGCAAAACCUAAACAGGAUUCUGCUGACCCAAAGAAAGGUGGAAAGAAACACUGAACUGAUGAUGUUGCAUCAAAUUACCUCAGUCAUGAGCCUACAGGAGCACUUCAUAUCCUUUUAAAUAUCCUUUUAAAAAGAGUUAUUUUCACAAGGUCAUCUUAUAACUCCUAACUUUGUAAGUUUACAUUACAAAUCUAGCAUAGCUUGUAGGGUGUAUGGAAUUGCUUCCAAAUGUCAAGCAAUAUUUUUCUGCUUUACCACUGUCCUUUAACAUUACAAUUAAGAUAUUGUCAAGCAUUAAUCUUGUUAUUCUUAUUCAUAUUCUCAUUUCUUUUCCUCAGUUUUUUCUGGAGACUGACUGUUAAGUGCUGUUGGGCUGAAGUUCAUCUACGACUUGAUCUUUUUUUUAUAUGUAGGAAAUGAUUAUGUUCAUAGAAAUCAUAUCUUUAGUGUGAAAAUUUCCAUGAGGACUCUGUCAUAACAAUAUUGUUAUUAGAUACUUUUGUAUUUAAUAUUGUUGCUUAUGUGUUGUUUGUGUGCUCAUGGAGCAGAAGAUUGGAUCCAGAUGUUAAGUAUUGUUACCAGUAUUGUUGUGCACACACAGCAUUGGCCUUUGAUGAGAAGUAGAGUAAAUUUAGAAUUAGCUAUCAGUCAGCCAACUCAUCUUCCAGCAUUACAUCAACAGAUGGUACUGUCAAUACAACAGAGAGCACAGGCAAAGAAUACACAAAAAUGGCUGUGACUGGUGCUGCCCCGACUCAAAGAUUAGCUGUUCUUUGUUCAUUGUUCUUUAGUCUGGAUUGCUGGUUCUUCAACUGGAAAUGGGGGAAGUCAUCAUGAAAUGUGUGAUGUUUCUUCAGAGCAAAUAAUCAGAACAAUAAACACCUACUUUCCCUUUACUUCCUGUUAUUAAAUUUAUGCUGUAGACAAUAAGGCGCAUUUUGGUAGCAAGCAUUAAUCUUUGUUUUAUGAUUGAUUCUAAACUCAAACACUCAUAAAUACAUUUAGUUUUUUUACGAUUUCUCAGUUCAGUUUGAUGGAAUUUUCUGAAAUUGAAAUGUGUACAUUUAAAAAUAAUUUUUUGAGAUAUGGCUGGGGUACUGGUGGCAUCUCAUCUUCAUGCCUGCACAUAUAGUUUUUAAACUUGGUGCCUUAAGACAAUGCUCACACAAUGCUCACACAUUGUGUUCCUUACACAAUGCUCAUGCAUGUCUUUGAAAUGUUCGCUUUCAAGCAACGUAACAUUCUGCUAAUACAUUUUCACAGAAGAAUGUCAGUCAUUUGGGCUUGAAAAGACAUGAGGGUUAAUAAUACCGGAACCACCGAAAUAAUUUCUACACCCUUGUAAAAAGAAAUUUUAAAUAAUCAGGGUUGGAAGUAAACAGUGCCUUGCUUGGAGAUUUUAAAGACCAACAACUUUUGCUAAUUCAUGUUACAGCACUUACAUAAGUUAUUUAAUAAAAGCGUGAAUUAUUUGGCAUUUAAAGUUGUCCAAAUACGCAUUUUGUUUUGGGGGAAGUUCUGUUGUAUUCUGAUGAACAUAAGGUAGUUUAUGUUUCACCGGAGUAAUUCGUAUGGUUGUGCCAGUGCGUCAACAAAGCGUGUGGACAUGUACCUGUAGUCAGAUAAACACGUGGCACACAGCUGCUGUUUCUGGCUGUCUUUCAUCAUUGGAUAUCAUGAACGUAUGCAGACAAACAGAAGAUGAAAAGGUUAAAUUCUUAUGCUGUUUUAAGACAAGUCCAUCAAAAGACCCGAUAGGUUUUAUGUAAAUCCCUUCUUUGUAUCUUUUGGAGGGCAUAUGGUCAAAAGUCACUUCCAUUGUAAGCGCCUUGAACACAGGGUUGGGAUGAAUAAAAAUGAUUUUUGUGGUAAUAAAAUUAUGACACAAAUUAUGUCGGUAAAGCUCAACUAAAAUGGAUCAUGGAACAUUCCUUGAAUAAGCAUUAUUAUUAUUAUUAUACUUAAUGCAUCUUACGUGUGGCGUUCAAGGACAAGGAAAGAUGUGGUACAAAUGAUUAACAACAUGUCAACCCAGUAUUACAAAAGUUAAAAAAAAAAAAAAAAAAAACAUGUAUUCCAUACAGUAUAAUCCAUCAUUUUCCCUUGACUUUUCUCCAGCCAUAGCAACCAAAAAGUGUACUAUGGUACUAUCAUGUUUUUGAUCAUGCUACCACGUAAUUCCAUGUUUUUGCAUAAGUACCGUUGUAAUACAAUGUUCAUAAUGUCUUUUUUUUUUUUUGGAUGAAUUCCUUUGGGUACCAUG